UAGGUCAAAUCAUGCGCUUAACUAACACUAUUUCUCUAUAUAUUCUAAUAAUUUUAUAUCUAAAAUGUGUAAAAUGUGCACGAAUACUUGGAAUUUUUCAAUUUCCAUCGUACAGUCAUCAAAUAGUUUUCCAGCAAAUAUGGGCUGAAUUAUCUUUGAGGGGACAUGAAGUGGUGGUAGUAACACCAAACCCAUUAAAUAAUCCUAAACUUAAAAAUUUAACAGAAAUUGAUGUAGGUUAUAUAAAAAAUUUAAUAACUUCAAAAGAAGAACUACAAGAAAGUAUGGCCAAAGAUUUAUCUACAGUAGAGAUGAUCAAAGCGUUCUAUUCAACCUCACUGAUCUUCCAGGAGGCCAUACUGAAAGAUCAACGAUUUGUAAAAAUUUACAACAGUAGUCAGAAAUUUGAUUUAGUAAUGAUCGAAGCACUCCAUCCGGGAAUGUACAGUUUAGCUGGAAAGUUUAACUGUCCUUUUGUUGCAAUUUCUUCUCUCGGAGUAAUAAUUCCAGUGCAUGGAUCAGUAGGAAACACAAACCAUCCAGUAUUAUACCCUGACAUGAAUGUACCAACUCAUUUUGAUAUGUCACUUAAAGAAAAAAUAUCUAGUAUUUACACGUCAAUUGCUUUAAAUUACUUUUACAAUUAUCAAGCCGUACCGGAAGCUGACGCCAUCUCCAGAAAGUACUUAGGCAUGAAUGUGCCUUACUUGGGUGAUUUGGUCAACAAUGUUAGUUUUUUAUUGAUUAACACCAAUCAUAUAAUUCAUAACGUUCGACCCACCGUCCCCAAAGUCAUACAAAUAGGACAACUGCACAUAAGACUGCCAAGAAAGUUACCUCAGGAUUUACAAAAAAUAUUGGAUAACGCCAACAACGGAGUAAUUUAUUUUAGCUUAGGAUCAAACGUAAAAAGUAUUAACAUAAACAAAAAAUUAAGAGCGACAAUCAUCGAAGCGAUGGCGGAAUUGCCAUACACGAUAUUAUGGAAAUGGGAGUCUGACGAUUUGGAAAACAUUCCAAAGAAUGUGAUUGCCAGAAAGUGGUUCCCACAACAAGAUGUUUUAGCCCAUUCCAAUAUUAAAGCGUUUGUGACUCAGGGGGGACUACAAUCCAUAGAAGAAGCAAUUUCAAGACAAGUACCAAUGGUCGGCAUUCCGUUUAUUGGCGAUCAACCUAUGAAUGUUAAUAAAUUAAAUAGGUCAGGUCUGGCUGUUGCUUUAGAUCCAGCAAACUUAAAUAAAAAUCAACUUAAAAAGGCUAUUGUUGAAGUAGUUACUAAUCCUAAUUAUCGGGAAAAUGUUAAAAAAGCUAAAUUGGAAAUGGAAGAUCAGCCAGAAUCAGGGCUGGAGAGAGCAGUUUGGUGGAUCGAAUAUGCAAUAAGGCACAAAGGUGCACCGUACUUAAGAAGCGCCACAGCAGACAUACCUUGGUGGCAGUUUUUCUUUCUAGAUCUAAUAGCAUCAGCAUGUUUAGUAUUAUAUUUGUUUGCUAAAUUUGUUUAUGUUCUAACAAAAUUUAUAUCAUAUGUACCCAAAGAAAAAUUUGAAUAAAAGUAA